UGAGAUAUUAAACCUAAAAAUCAAAUCACAUUAAAAAAAAUCAAGAUCUACCUUAAGUAGAGAGCUGUAGAGUUAUGAUGAGUUUCAGGGAUUUUAAGAUGCCUAAAUUUGAUGGCGGAUUAAGUGAGAUUUUGAGAAGUGUAGCUGGUUUGAGCUAUAUCUAUGACCAUCCACCGGAUUCGAUUCAUGUUCUGUGUUUUGCAACGCUGUUAACAUCGUCUGCAAAUUUACUGCUUUUGGCACCCCUUUCUGUGGCAGGAAUUGCAAUCUGUCUGCUAAUUUUAGCCCCUGUUUUGAUCCUGCUCACUCCCAUAUUGAUACCCCUGGAAAUGGUGCUAUUUCUGACAGUUGGGGGUCUCAUUUUUGGGGGUAUUUUUGGAGUGGCAGUAAUUUUAGGUGUUAGAUGGGUGUAUAAGUAUGUGAAUGGCGAGAAUUCUGGUUCUGUUCAGACAUAUUAUGUGGAGGACAGGCGUCCUCCUGAUUAUGAUGACGUGGCUCAAUCUUCUUCUGUUGCUGCUCCUGCUGCUGCUCCUCCCGAUGCUGCUCUUGCUGCUCUUCCCGAGGCUGCUUGUCAUUGGAUGUUUUGAAUCCCAGACCACCACAAUAUUUCUUCUUGGGGUUAGUGGUUGGCCUCACACUCUCCUUACACUUGUUAUAUCGUCAUUUAUGACACUCAACGUCUUGAUGAAGAAAAAGAAGUUGAUAAUUAUAGUUUGGAGCCUUUCAUUGACACUAUCAACCCUACUCGUGUAUAGGGUAAACUACAUGAUCGAGAACCCCUCAUCCUUUGGCUAGUGCAUUGGUCAUGUUGCAUAGGGGACUAUUUUUAUGUUUUGUUCAAGGCUUUUUCCCAGUUGAAGUCUAGGAGUGUGACAUUUUUUUGUGAAUAAGUGUAAUAUCAUUUAAUAAAUAUUGAUCAAGACAAUUCAUAAAAAAGU